AUGCGUUUGUUGCAUGUAUAUUUAAAGAUAAAAGGGACACCCUUGCUCCCAAGAUUAACGCAGUAA